AUGUAUAGGGAUAUCUCUGAGAAGAUUUUGGGAAGGCACGAAUCAACCACAAGUUUUCACGUUCUCUAACCAUAAGAAGGAAUGAGACCAUAGAUUCUGCAGAAGGUCAAUUAGAACCUCAUCUUUGUGAUUUAUGUAGUAAGUUAAUUGCUUUAAUUAAUGAUUGGAUUCUCAUUAGUUUAGCAAAUAGAUAUUAUUACAAUAGCUACUUAAAGAUGCAUAAUCACGAUCAUAUUAACAUUGCUGUAUAUCUAAUUUUUCGACAAUUCCUAAUUUUAGUUUGAUCAAGGCUACAUUAAGGUAUUUGGUUUCAUGAGUGCUGCAUAAGUACUAGCAUCUCUGAUGGGGUUGCUUGCUAUGUAAACCUUCGUGUUUUCAGAAGUAUGCACAUUCCAUCAAUUAACUGCAGGGUAUAUCCUAGUUUUACAGCAUUUCCUCAUUCAACCAACUAACAAUAUAAAUCUAUUGCUAUCCUUGAUUCAAACUAUUUCAACCAUUUUAUUUUCAGGAAACAUUUUGUAUAUACUGAUUUGUCUCUUACAACCAUUAAGUCUAGCAUUUAUAUAGACUCUUAAAUAUUUGAUGACUAGGCAAAUACAAUAAUUUUCAUUGCAAUUAUACACCAAUCUUAUAGGAUUGCCCCUCUACAUUCUAUUGAGUCUCUUUAGUGGAGGUGUGUAGAAUGUUUUCGAUAUGACCUAUUUCAUGUAAUUAUAUUUCUCUAUCUAGUGAAAUCCUAAUCAUGUGUAUUCUCCAAAUGUUUGCAUAUUUGGCAAUUAAUGAAUUGGUCAAUCAAUAGUUAUCAACUAUGUACAUCUGGGCACUCUCUGGCUGUGUGACUAUUCUGUCCCUGAUUGUCUAAUUGGGAUAUCACUAAGUUCCUUUGGGAUUCGGAUCAUUAUCUGUGAUUCUAAUAGUUUUUACAACAAUAGGCAUGCAUAGAUAGGCUUGAGUAUAAUAAUCA